AAUCCGGUCUUUCUGGGUAAUACUUCGUCAGUUGAAAUCCCCUGUGCCAUUCGACUAUAGUAAGCAAAGUUGAUAAGUUUCAUGAAUUACUAACUGUUUUCCGUUGAACUAUGCGGGCUGAGCUUUGGAUACUUGUGGGAAUAUACCUUUGCAACACAGCGUCUGGACAAGGAGAUUCUCUCCGCAGCGCUUUGAAUGCAAUUAAUAGACGAGAAAAGGACUUAGAUCGUGACUAUGACGAAGGCGAAUACGGUUACCCUAUAGAACAUCCCGAGGAUGUCGUCUUUCUCAACCCUGAAGGAUAUGUUAGAGAGGACGAUUAUGACAAACCACUCUCUAGUGCUCUUGACAACAGAUAUGAUGUUGGUAUGAACAAAAGAAUUUCUUCAGCCUUUCGUGAGAGACUAGAAGAAGACAAUCAGAAACAACAACUGGAAGAAAUGGCAAGGUCCAUCCUUUCGCAAUUAGAAAACACAGGCAGGUACAAUGUGGAAAACGAAGAUUACGAAGAAUUACUAAGAGAAUAUUUUGAUAAAUACAGAAGACCCUACGAAAUAAAUAAAAUAAAUUCAAAUCAAAUAGAUAAAAGAUUAAUGUACCCCAAGUUUGGAUUAGAUAGUGUUGGAUUAAAGAAAAGAACAAGUGAACUGUAUGAAGACGGUUAUCCUCAAAAAGACGACUUUUAUGACGGACAAGAUAUGGGUGACUAUGGUUUCUUCAACAAAAAACACUUUUAUCAAAGUAACAAACUUAAAAGGAUCCGGCAAAUGUAUAGCAAUCCUUAUUCACCAGCCAAAAGGUUUCCAGUAACAAAAAGAAGCAGUGAUUUUAAAGACUUUGACUACAAACCGUCUAUUCCCAAAAAACAAACGGAUCCUAAGGUAGAAAAGGAACUUAGUCAUAUUUUUGGUACUCCAAAACUAGAAGAAAAACCUGCAACCACAAAGAAACCGAUCUCCACGAAACCAACUACUCCUAAAAAGGAGAGUGCAGUAACAAAACCUCCUAAAGAGGACAAACCUAAUAAGAAGGUUGCCUCAGUAAAUAAAGAAGAGUUUACUCCAGUUUCUCUGCCAACAGAAAAACCUUUACAGAUAAAAAAGAAGUCCGUAGAUUGGUCCGAGUAUUUUGGUCUUGAUAGGCGCAAGAAAUCUUCUGAGCCAGAUGAUUUGGAUAAAGAGUGGUUGAUUGAACGGUAUCACAAGUCCAUAAAAAUGUCCAAUAAAAAGAGAAAUGCCGAACUGCCUCUUUCAUCCUUUCGUAACCACGAGGAACAUAGAAAAAAAGCGACUUCAACUGAAGAAAAAUCACUAUCAGAAGAACAGAAAAUAAAUGACAUGGAUAGUAAACUACAAAUCAUGGAAGAUAAGAUUGUGGAUGAUGCUUUGAAGUAUACAGGAUCUCGUGAAGGAGAGUCCGAUCCUAAAGAGGUCCAGGAAAUUAAGGACAAAGUGAUAUCUAAACUUGCCGCUGCAUAUAGUUUGGAAAAAAUGAGAACUGCGUUAGGAGAAUACAGAGUAGCCGUAGCUAAAGAGAGAGAAAGACUGAGGAAUAGACGCCCUAUGACUGAGGAUGAUGACAUGUUUUUAGAAGAAAAGAGAUCUGUACCGAGGAAACAAGUCUCUGACAAAGAUAUUGAGAAACUGACCAAAGGAGAUAACGAUAUUAAAUGCGCUGAAGGAGAUGAGGACUGCCAUGAACAAAAUUAUAAAACCCCAGUAGACAUUAUCGAAAGCCACUACGGAACAGAAUUGUGCCCUUCAAUUGUCAGAAGCUGCAACGAGUAUGCUGUUGGAAUGUAUGGAGAACUCUUCAAGCCAGCUUGUCAUUUGUACCAGAUGUGUUUACUAUGCAGCAACUACAACCGCUCACCCCCUAUUCGCACAUGCCAGGCAUUGUUCGUAGCAAAAGCCUUCGAACUGUGUAAAGGUAUCGGCGAUUAUCAAUGCCAAAAUGCUACACAAUAUUCUCUACGUUAUCUCAAUGAUCUGACCUACACCUUUCACGAAGAAGAUCCAGUGUUAAUAGCUGAAUGCGAGAGAAGCUGUCCAGAAACAGGGGCUCUAUUAGAAAUGCAGGAUGAAAAUCUAUACAGUAACAUGGAAAAUAUUGAAUUAGACCAUUUUUCCAGACAACAAAGUAAUUUGACAGUUUAUUCCCGAAACGGAGAAGAAAGUGCCAUAACUCAACAACCCACAAACAAUGACGAUUAUCCUGGUUUCCGGAGACCCAUACCAGUUUCCAUUAUUGACGAAGACUACAGAAGAACUAUUGCUCCCACAAGUGGUCUAGGUUUCCUCCUUGAUGUCAACGAGUUGAUCAUACAACAAACUAUUGAACUUGUAGAUUUAAUUUCCAAUGUUUCUUCAGAAAACAGGUAUACAGUAAAAGUACCCAGAGGUGAUACAAUAUAUUACGCGACAGAAAGUUCAGCAAAUUGUCACAGAACGUGUUUUGGAUCUGGCAGGGCAUUUAGCAUGAGAUUGUAUGACAAAACUCAACAGGAAGCUCUUAUACUUGAACGACGAUUGGCAUGUGGAAACUGCACAUUUUGUUGUUAUCUUCAGAAAAUGGAAGUUUGGAUUCCACCUGGAGAAUUAAUAGGUACGAUAAGCCAAAAGAUGUCUUUGACUAUGAAAGCUAGUUUUAAUGUAUAUAAUAAGAAUAACGACAUAAUAGCAGUGAUAGAAGGACCAAGUUCGUUUGCGUGUAUGUUCGGAAAAACACAAAAUUUUCAGAUUUACAGCCCUGAUCGCUCAACUCAAGUAGGAAGUAUCAUUUAUCAGUGGGACCAGGUUCAAGUCUCUUAUAACAUUCUAUUAAAAAUGAUGGGUCAUAUUACUGAAACAAAGCACAAAGCCCUUUUAUUGGGAUGUGCGUUUUUGUUGGAGUACAUGUAUUUUGAGUAUUCGAAGAAGAAGACUGCUUGUAGGUGCAUAUGUUAAUAGAUUUUAGGAAAUGUAGGAUUUACUAAUAUUUUUUAUGAAAUGGAUUUAUAUUAUAAGAAACAUAAUAAUAUAUUGUUUGGUUA